CCGACCCCUUCCAUCGCCUCGCGGUUUUUUGACCCGUCGUUUCCGUUUCCCGGCAUAGGACGACGCGUCGAGAGCCCUAGCAAUAACGCCCGGCCCGAUCGUCGAGACCGAUCGAUCAUGGCGGCGGCGCCGGAGCCGGUGGAGGUGCCGACGACGGAGGAGGCGCCCGCGCCCGCGCCCGCGGCGAGCGAGGAUCAGGCGGCACCGGCUGCAGCGGCGGCAGGGACCAACGCGACGGUGCCUGCGCUCUACGUGGGCGAUCUCCAUGAGAACGCGCAGGAGGAGCACAUCUUCGAUGCCUUCAGUAAGGUCGGUGCUGUCACCUCCGUCAGGGUCUGCCGCGACAAUGCCACCAGCAGGUCGCUCCGAUAUGGCUACGUAAAUUACUUCUCCCAAGCCGAUGCAACGACUGCUUUGGAGCAGAUGAAUCAUAGCCUUAUAUUGGACAAGCCAAUUAGAGUAAUGUGGUCUAACCGAGAUCCCGAUGCCAGGAGAAGUGGCGUUGGAAAUGUGUUUGUUAAGAACUUUGGCGAUCAUAUUGACAAUGUAAUUCUUCAAGAACUAUUCUCCAAGUUUGGAGAGAUAUUAUCUUGUAAAGUUGUUAGAAAUGAGGAUGGCACAAGUAGAGGCUACGGCUUCGUUCAGUUUGCAGCUCAAGAGCCAGCAGACAUCGCAAUAGAGACUCUUAACAACUCUUACUUUGAGGGUAGAGAAUUGCUUGUAGCUCAUUUCAUUAAGAAGAGCGAACGAUCAGCCAAUAAUGAUGACAAAUACACUAACUUGUAUAUGAAGAAUAUAGAUGAUGACAUGACAGAAGAACUCAUUAAAUUGAAGUUUUCUCAGCAUGGUCAAGUAACUAGUGUGAAGAUAAUGAAGAGAGAUGAUGGGACAUCCAAGGGUUUUGGGUUUGUCAGUUUCAAAAACCCGGAAAGUGCCAAGAAAGCAAAAGAGGCCAUGAAUGGGAUGGCUCUUGGAGCGAAAACUUUGUACGUGGCAAGGGCUCAGAAAAAGGCUGAAAGAAAGCAAUAUUUGCAGCUCUUACAUGAGGAAAAGCGGAAUGAAAUAAUCACUAAGAGCAAUGGGUCCAAUGUGUAUAUCAAAAAUAUUAGUGAUGAAGUUGAUGAUGACACUCUUCGCGAGCGCUUUGCUGAAUUUGGAAACAUUACAUCAGUAAAGAUUAUGCGUGAUGACAAGGGCAUUAGUAAAGGAUUUGGAUUUGUAUGUUACAGCACACCCGAUGAAGCAAAGUGUGCCGUAAGCAGCAUGCGUGGUGUCAUGUUUUACGGCAAACCAUUGUAUGUUGCUAUUGCUCAAAGGAAAGAGGACAGAAAAGCUAGGCUGGAGCAACGUUUUGCUGAACUUGCUACGAUGGCAGGAACUGCAAGCCCUGUGAUCCCCACAGGUUAUCCUCAUGUGUACUUUGCCCAUCCUAGUACACACUUUCCUCAGGGUCCUUCAAGGCAAGGAUUCAUGUAUCCACCCAUUGGGCUCGGCCAAGAAUGGAGGCAGAAUGUGUACCCUUCGCCGCAUAGUAUCCAACAAAUUCAUCCACCACUCAUGCCAAAUACUCCAAGGCAGUACAGAAACAACAGGGGAUGCAUGACCGGGAAUAUGAUGACUUUUCCCCACGCCGUUAAUUAUGUGUCACAUGCUCAGACAGCUAAAGAUUUCAUGUCCAUGUCCCGGCAGCAAUUCGGCCAUGCAAAGUACAUAACACCCGAUGUUUUGAGCAAUGGCCUGGCCAUCCAUCACGGCGGCCCUAUUUCAUCGGUGAACGAUUCUUUCGCCAGCUUGCUUGCUGCUGCUCCACCUGAUCAACAAAGAGAUAUGCUCGGGAAUAGGAUAUAUCCAUUGGUCGAGAGAUAUCAUCCUGAUCUGGCCAGUAAGAUCACUGGAAUGUUGCUGGAGCUGGAUACUUCUUAUCUGCUCUCGAUGCUGAAUUCGCAGGAUACCUUGUCUGCAAAAGUUAAUGAGUGUGUGCAAGCUCUCCAAGGGCAGCAAGCGGCAAAAAAUAAGCCUGAGGAUCUGGAGGCCCUACACCCUGGCUUCCUCGACUCUACCAGUGUAAACGCCAACUGAGAGGGUUCACAACCAGGCCAAGAACCUUCCAUUUUCUUUUCUGGACGGGGAUUUUUGGGAACUAGAUAGCCGAUCUUUCUUAUUAUAGUUUGUGAGUUUUUACCGAUUGGACUUAUGGGUUACUUGUUACUACAGAAUAAAAUAUAUUAGAUUUAGCUAGAACCUUGCGAGUUUUAUUAUUAUUUUUAUGGCAUCCUAUGAAUGAAUCCUAUAGAGAAUAAUGACUUUUGGUGACUUUACUAUGUUGCUCUUCCUCUGACGUUAUGAACAUUUCUGCCUUACUAAUUUUGUUGCUUUAUUAUUGCUUCUGUUUAUGGAUGAUUCACUGAAAGUCCGCAAGGUUUCUCCAUAUAUUUUAAUUUCUUGUGGAGUCUAUAUAGAGAUCAAAGUGUAGACCUGGUGUCGUACACUCUGUCGUAUACUCAUAUCAGACUAUAUCUCUGAAACCAUGUAGAUCAUCUGAAGUCCAAGCUGUUCAGGCCACUUUACUAGAUGUGUUAUUUCUGAUUUUGUCUCCUACAGAUUUUGUGGACGUGUUCUGACUAUUGAGGAAGCCACUGCCGCUGUGUUGUUACGAUACUAUCUGUCUUCGAUUCUCCAUGUGGUUUAGAAAUAACUAGUGGACCUGUUACGCCAAAUGGCGCAAAGGCACGCUAAACCCAUGUUCGCGAUGAAAAAAAUCCAUGGUUUAAGGGUUCAGGGUUUAAAAAUGUAUAUACACAUUUUAAUUUGAUAGUAUAGAGCCCCAUUUAAAAGAAAAUAUAUGUUUUAGUUAGUUUAGCUGUAGUCAAGUAACAUAUGAUAAAAAAGUGUCUUGUUGUGCACAAUGAGAUAUAUAUCCACAUUCUAAUUUGGUGGUAUAUACUCUCAUUUAAAACCAUGUCAUGUUGAAAAUAUGUGUAUCCUUUUAGUAAUAUUUUUGUCUUGCCCACACUAAGAAUUUAGAUGCCUAUGUAUAAAAAGAAACACAUAUUUCUGUAUGCAUUAAAAAAAUCUAAAAAAUACAUAAUCUGACGCUAAAAAAUAUAUGUAUAUCUAAUAGCAUGUAGGAAUCAUUUAAGGAGGCCUUCUUUUUUUUGAAAAGCUAUCAACAUUUUAUUGUUUUUGUGCGCAAAAAAGAAAAACAUUUCUUUUUGCUCAGAUGGACGCAUAUGUAUAUGAAAAAGUACGCAUGUAGUUGACCCGUUGCGCCAAAUGGCGCAGAGACCCGUUGAAUGGAUGUGUGCAUUGAAAAAAAAACAUAGUUUAGUUGCUUUAGUUGUGGAAAAGCACAUAUGGUAAUAAAUUUACCCGUUUAUUUAAUAAAGAACGAAUGGACACUUGUUGUCUACAAUGAGAUAUACAUACAUACACAUUUAAAUUUAUCUG